AUGACCUCUCAAGACACGGCCGGCGCAGCCGCCAACAAAAAACUUGCCUCCACCCUCCCCGACGCAGUGGCCUCCAAAGUCCCCCACCUCCCCGAGACAAAAGACGAGCUCAAAGCCGAGAUCAAAGCGGAAGCCAAAGCCGCCACCUCGGCCGGCCUCGCCCAGCUGCGGUCCUUUGUAGCCGGCGGCUUCGGCGGCGUGUGUGCCGUGGUAGUCGGCCACCCGUUUGAUUUGGUAAAGGUCCGUCUGCAGACGGCCGAGAAGGGGGUGUAUUCGAGUGCGAUGGAUGUGGUGCGCAAGAGCGUGGCCAAGGAUGGGUUGAGACGGGGGUUGUAUGCGGGUGUGUCGGCGCCGUUGGUGGGGGUUACGCCUAUGUUCGCCGUCUCCUUCUGGGGCUACGACCUCGGCAAAUCCAUCGUCCGCAGCACCAGCACCAUCACCUCCCCCGACGGCUCCCUCUCCAUCGCGCAAAUCUCCGCCGCCGGUUUCUUCUCCGCCAUCCCCAUGACCGCCAUAACCGCCCCCUUCGAGCGCGUCAAAGUGAUCCUGCAAGUCCAAGGCCAAAAGAAGCUCGCCCCGGGCGAAAAACCCAAAUACUCCGGCGGCACCGACGUCGUCCGCCAACUCUACCGGGAAGGCGGCAUCCGCUCCGUCUUCCGCGGGUCAGCGGCCACGCUGGCCCGCGACGGCCCUGGGUCGGCGGCGUAUUUCGCGGCGUAUGAGUAUAUCAAGAAGUUGUUGACGCCGCGGGAUCCCGUGACCGGGGAGGUCAGUGGGAAGUUGAGUUUGCCGGCGGUGACGUGUGCGGGUGCGGCGGCGGGGGUGGCGAUGUGGAUUCCGGUUUUCCCGAUUGAUACCGUCAAGAGUCGGUUGCAGACGGCGGAGGGGAAUGUGACGAUUGGCGGCGUGGUGAGGGGGUUGUAUGCGCAGGGGGGGUUUAAGGCGUUUUUCCCGGGGUUUGGGCCGGCGUUGGCGAGGGCCGUGCCGGCGAAUGCGGCGACGUUUUUGGGGGUUGAGUUGGCGCAUCAGGCUAUGAAUAAGGUGUUUUAG